AUGGCCGACAUAAGAUGGCGGUUUGUGAGCCUGCUUUGCGUGGCACUGAUGGCUGAUGGAGUGAUGUCAUCCAAGGAGCUCCUGUCCAGGAUGAGCACUGGCUUCAAUAAUGUUGUCGAUGGCUGUAAGAAUGAGUUGCAAGUAGGUGACCACAUAAUGCAGGAUAUGUUCAACUUCUGGCGCGAGGAGUACGAGCUGGUGAACCGGGAGCUGGGCUGCAUGAUCCUCUGCAUGGCCGGCAAGCUGGGGCUCGUGGGAGACGACCAGAAGAUGCACCAUGGGAAAGCCGAAGACUAUGCCAAGAGUCAUGGAGCUGACGACUCCACCGCAAAGCAGCUGGUCACGAUAAUCCACGACUGCGAGAAAGCGAGCGACGCAGUGGAGGAAGCCUGCAGCAGGACCCUGGAGGUCUCCAAGUGUUUCAGAACCAAGAUACACGAGCUGCAGUGGGCGCCCUCCUUCGAGGUCAUGAUGCAAGAGCUCAUGACAGCCGGAUAGGCGUACUUGAAAACGAAGGUGGCCCUGCUGUACUUAGAGAUGGAGAAAAAUCGCAAUUAAUGAAAAACCAGUUCCAGAGCCUGCAUAUAGAGCACAGUUUCUUUUGUUUUAAAAAUGCCUUGCAGCAACUAACUUUCAUAGAUUUUUCCAUGCCAGAACUUGCCAUGGUCUAAAGAUUUAUAAAAUUCCAAACAAAGUGAUUGUACGUAGUAUUGUAAGGGCCACCCACUCUUGUGACACCGGUAUCGUAAUAUUAAUGCGCAUUAAUGAGUAGUGUUCGUAAUCUAAGCUGUAAUGAGCUAUUGUUGAGGACUCUGGUUUCAUCACAUAUUAUUGGUGGUGG